AUGGAAAAGGAUGAACACUAUAAGACUUCAGAAAAAUAUGAAAUAUGCACAAGUUUUGAAAAUAUUGGAAUAGAUGAGGGUUUACUGAGAGGAAUAUAUGCAUACGGUUUUGAAAAGCCAUCUGCAAUUCAACAGAGGGGUAUAAAGCCUAUAUUAAAUGGAAGGGAUGUAAUAUUACAAAGUCAGAGUGGUACAGGUAAAACUUGUGUGUUUGCGGUUGGUGCUUUGAAUUGUGUAAAUAGGAAUUUGAAUGAGACUCAAGUAAUAAUAUUAUCUCCAACAAGAGAAUUAGCUGAGCAGACUCAGAAGGUUUGUUUGGCAUUGGCUGAUUAUAUCCAUGUGACAAUAUAUUGUUGCAUUGGUGGUAAGAAAAUGAGUGAUGAUAUAAAAGCAUUAAAUAAUGGAGUACAUGUUAUAAGUGGGACACCUGGUCGUAUUUAUCAUAUGUUAAAUUUAAGACAUUUAAAAUGUAAAUAUAUAAAACAGUUAGUAAUAGAUGAAGCAGAUGAAAUGCUUAACAAAGGAUUUAAAGAACAGGUAUAUGAUAUAUAUCGUUUUUUAUCACCUAAUACUCAAAUAAUAUUAUCGUCUGCAACUUUACCACAAGAAGUAUUAGAAAUAACAAAUAAAUUUAUGCACAAGCCAGUAAAGAUAUUGGUUAAAAGAGAUGAAUUAACAUUAGAAGGAAUUAAGCAAUUUUUUGUAUCUAUAGAAAAAGAGCAAUGGAAAUAUGAGACCUUGGCGGAUUUAUAUGAAAGUUUAACAAUAACACAAGCAGUAGUUUUUUGUAAUACACAGAUGAAAGUGGAUUGGUUAACCAAAAAGAUGUUAGAAUCGAAUUUUACUGUGUGUAAAAUGCAUGCAGGAAUGAGUCAAAGUGAAAGAGAUGAUAUCAUGUUGAAAUUUAGGCAAUGUAAAUUUCGUGUAUUAAUAUCUACAGAUAUAUGGGGAAGAGGUUUAGAUGUACAAGAAGUGUCGCUUGUUGUUAAUUAUGAUUUGCCUAAUUCAAGAGAAAGUUAUAUUCAUAGAAUUGGUAGGAGUGGAAGGUUUGGAAGAAAAGGAGUGGCUAUUAAUUUUGUUAAAAAUGAUGAUAUAAAAAUUCUUAGGGACAUCGAACAGUAUUAUUCAACACAAAUUGAUGAAAUGCCAAUGAACAUAACGGAGUUAUUAUAA